UUCAACGCCCCGUAUAGGUGGCGUCGGUUAGAAUCUGUGGACGACGUAUCUAUAGUCCAAGAUAAGGAAUUUCUGACGCCAUAAGCGAGAAGCCAGCGACUAAAGUACUCCGCUCCGCCGUAUUAAAAUGUCGAAAAUAUCGUGAGUGGCAUGAGAAUAAUUCAUCGAAAUAAAGGCAUAAAUUGUGUAAAUAUGGUUACCUGUGUUGCGUACAGAUCCAUAAAAAGAAGCGGAAAAUCAGCUGUUACCUUCUUUAGCUGAUGCUGGCAUCCAGUAUUGAGCCGACAGUCCCGGAGGGCACUGGCCACCAUGGAAGAUGAGGUGCCCGGAGCUGCCGAGGGAUAUGAGUUUAUGGCAGUGAAGCAGGAGCUACGUGAAGGCACCGAGGCAGAUCUACUACGAAUGGUGCAGGAACCAGAGUGUAUUAUUGUGCAAAAGCUGGAACCGGGUGACUACGAUUUGCAACUCGGAGAGUCGGACACCGCGCAGGUGCACGAGGAUGGGGUUGACCAGAGGCUGCCAGAUAUUCCAGCAGGAGGGGCUAAACAGGAGGUGAUUCUCGGCCUGUCCCCGGAGGUGGAAUGGGUUCCGACGUGUUUACCUGCCGAUGACGAGGCCUCGAGGGACCCCCUGGCUUCUGAAGGAGACAUAGAACCAGGAGCGGCAGAGAUAUAUUUUGACAGAACACGAUUUGGGUUCUUCGCCACUGCGUCAACAGAAACAGCAAUUCCUGCCCUGGCGGGACAAGUCGGUACCGAUGUGGAAUUGUCGCAGUACCGGAUGCACGAGAGCGCACCUCACAGCAACUGUAAUACUGCAGCGAGACAGAGUGUCGGGCAAAACUUUGAAUGUAGUUCGUGCUCUUCAGCUUUUACGUUAAAGCACAGCCUCGUACUCCACGUGUUCACCCACGUACCGGGUGUGCCACCUCCGGACCACAUCUGCAGAGUGUGCGGGGAGGUGUUCGACGACGCAGAGUCUCUGCUCGGGCACGUGACUGCUCACGAGGACGGGCUACGGGGGGCUCUUCAGACUUCCGGAAGAUCCGAGCUGCCUCCCUACGGACGGAAGCCCCGAAAACGUCCUCACAGCUGCGAUACGUGCGGCAAGGCCUUCCCGACGCCCCAGAGCCUGAACAUUCACGCGCGGACUCACUCUGGGGAGAGGCCGUACGCCUGCGAAAUUUGCGGCAAAGCUUUCGUACAGUGGAUUCACCUGCACAACCACAAAAUUACGCACUCCGACGAGAAGCCUCACCGCUGCGAAAUCUGCGGGAGGACCUUCGGCCACUCCGACAGCCUGAAGAGGCACCUGCGGCUGCACACGGGCGAGACGCCGUACCGGUGCGACGUUUGCGGGCUGUCCUUCUCUCUUCUGGACAAACUCAAAACGCACAGGCAACUCCACACCGGAAAGAAAAAGUACAGCUGCGAAAUUUGCGGGAGCUCCUUCGCCGCGCCGAACAGCCUGAAGGCGCACACGCGGAGGCACACGGACGAGAGGCCUUACGACUGCGACGUCUGCGGCGAAAGCUUCAUGUGGUCCGCGACUCUCAAGAGGCACAGACUGACGCAUACGGGCGAGAAGCCCUACAGCUGCAAUCUGUGCGAGAGGCAGUUUGCCGAACUGAACACUCUGAAGAGACACUUGCAGAGUCAUUCCGGCGAGAGGCCUUACAGCUGCGGACUCUGUGGAGCGACGUUUUGCUACCUCAGCUCUCUCAAUGCACACGGCAGGGUGCACACGGGUGAGAAGCCGUACAGCUGCGACAUAUGCGGCAAGUGCUUUGCCGUGUCGAGUCACGUGAAACGCCACCGGCGGGUGCACGCGAAAGGUCCAGAGGCGCAAAUCUCGUAAGAGCCCUUCCUCUUUCACUAAUGGCACUAGUAACAAAUACGUGUGUUUACGAAGAGACUCGAGGUAUUCUAAAUUGUUCUCGGGGCAAUGUUGUCACGUUUUGCACCGGCGAAUGGAGUUUGUGACUUCCCAGUGUUGUCGACUGUGGCUGAGCAAUCAGAUUUUUGUUCUGUAUCCGAGAAUGUUAUUGAUAUGUGCCUAUUAUGUUAAAUAAUAAACUAAGCAGAAUGGGAGAACAAUAAAAUGAUCAUUUAUCUUUUGCA